GGACGAGAUUGAUUGAAAUUCUUUAUACAACGCUCAAAUUUAAUGAAAUCUGCUUCUUCUGCUGUCCGCAUUGCAUUCAAAUACAGAUUUUUGAAAAUCAUGCAAUGUUUUCUUGUUUCAGAAGUUACGCCAGGAUUGCGUAUAUUUUUACCUAACAACAAAGCUGUGAUUGUUGGUCGUUCGCCUUCGACUAAAAUCACCGACAAACAGGUUUCGCGUAAACAAGUUGAAUUAACAGCAAAUUAUGAGGAGCAAACUGUUUCAGUUAAACAGCUCGGAAUACAUCCGUGUUUUGUGGGUACCAGGUCCCUGUUCGAACACGAAAGAGCCUUUCUCAAACACGGCGAAAAAUUAAGUCUUUUACGCGGCAAGUAUCUACAUUUGAUACAUUUCACUGACCAACAAGGGACUUGUGGUGGGGAACUGGGGAAUGGUGACGAGAAACACGAUCAAAAACGAAAAAUCGUUACCGACUCUGAGGAUGUCGACACACGACCACAAAAACGCUUCAAAACCGCCAAAAAGGAGGAGGAGAAGAUUAAAAUAAACGAGGAUGACGUCGAUCAUCUCAAACGGAAAUUCACUGAAGAUGUUGCGAAGGAAUUGAGUUGUUCGCCACGAGAUGAAUCAAAUACAAACAACGAGACGCGUAAACCACUGAAAUGUACUAAUUGGGAUGAAUAUGCGUCCGGCACUCUCCUUAUUCAUAAAACCCCAGGGUUGUUGCCACGAACUAAGGUCGCAGGUUUUGACUUGGACGGAACAAUCAUCACGACAAAAUCAGGCCGCGUGCAUCCUACCGGACCGGAGGACUGGAAAAUCAAAUACGCGCAAAUUCCGGCAAAAUUACAAAAACUGAAUAACGACGGUUUUAAGAUCGUCCUUUUCACAAACCAGGCUUCAAUUGGCAAAGGUAAAUUGAGUAAAGAAGACUUCAAGAAAAAGAUAGAGAAGAUAGCAUCGAAGUUAUCAGUACCUCUGCAGGUUUUUGCUGCCACUGAGAAGAAUGUAUACCGCAAACCUUUCACUGGGAUGUGGAAAUACUUAAAGGAAGAAGACAACAAUGGCAUGGAUGUUGAUCAUGCCAAAUCGUUUUAUGUUGGAGAUGCGGCUGGAAGGCCGGCCAACUGGUUACCGAAAAUGAAGAAGGAUUUCGCUUGUAGCGAUCGAACUUUCGCAAAGAAUACCGGACUGUCCUUUCAUACACCGGAAGAAUUUUUUCUGAGCAAAAAACCGGCGCCUUUCAAUUGGCCUGAGUUCGACCCAAGUGAAAUAUCCCAUGAUACGCCGCUAUUCACGCCUACGUCGUCAAAACUUGUUUCGAAUGAUUGCGAGGUAAGCUUAUAUAUAGGCGAACAACUGUGUCAGCGGUCGUACUGGAAAUAUAUAUUCGCCAAAAUAUCUCGUAUAAGAUUACGUUCAUUAAGGGAUAUGCUCGGGAGCUGGCAAAAAUGCGUCGCGAUGUGCAACAAGGAAGUCUCGAGGAAAGGGAAGGUUGUCAUCGACAACACAAGUCCCGACAAAGAAUCCAGACAAAGAUAUAUUGACGUUGCAAAAAGACAUGGUGUCGUUGCAAGAUGUUUUGUUUUUAACGUCACGCUGAAUCAUGCUUUGCAUAACAACAGAAUACGGGAAUUGUGCAACAAAAGCAAGGACCAUAAGCCUGUUGGAAGAAUGGUGUUCAAUUCAUAUCGAUCAUCGUAUCAAGAACCAACUCUUGACGAAGGUUUUAGUGAGAUAUUACGAAUAAACUUCAUACCGAACUUUGAAAAUGAUUCCGACAAAGAAAUGUACAUGCAAUACACGGAAUAAGGUGGCGUGUGUGGUAUGUGUGUGUGGGAUGGGUGUGUGUGUGUGUGUUUAUGAUCUUGCACUCAAUGAACCGGGGGGUGAGGGAAACUACGAUCGAUCGCCUCUCCAACGAACCAAAACAUGACACGAUAAAAAUACUUCUGCAACAACAGUACUGCUAUUUUGUCCACGAAUCUAUUUCAUUUUACAUCAUAUUUCGAAUGUUGUACAUUCUUUACAAUUAUAGAAAUCAUUAAGGGUGUUAUUAGAGCGUGACGAACGAUGUGAAAAAUUGCAGCUCAGCGGACAUCUUUUGUUGAUGGUAAAUAAUGCCAGUAGCGGAUCAACGGAUAGGCAAAAUAAAUUAUACCUGCUUACUUUGGAUUUGAAAUAUCACUUCAACAAAUGCUAUUGGUUAUGAAUUUCCAGAGAAUGUAAUUUAAACAAUCGAUGGGCUGUGGUAAUUUAUUUUAACUAUAUAUGGAUACGCCCUGAAUGAAUUUCCAGAGAAUGUAAUUUAAACAAUCGGUGGGCUGUGGUAAUUUAUUUUACCUAUAUAUGGAUACACCCCUGAAUGAAUUUCCUAAGUCUGUGGUAAUUUAUUUUACCUAAACACACGAUGAAAUAAUCACAGGUCAUCGAAACAAGUUGUCCGCUUAACUGUAAUCCUUCCAAUAUCCACGUUCACGAGGAAAUCCAUCUAUUUUACAUCAAUUUCAACUGCCAACGAUGUCAAACUACAAAGUUCAUCCAAUCAUGGCAUACUAUCACAUCACCAGCCAAGAAAAGCACUCAAUUACAACUAUAGUUAUAGAUAAUUAUAUCUUAUUUGAAUGACUAUGGUAUUGCCGAUCAAAUUUUCAUUUUGGUCACGUGAUAAUUUGCUCGCUAAAAAACCUAACAUGUACUACUUCAUUUUGGUCACGUGAUAAUUUGAUGGCUAAGUAAACCUAAGAUAUACUACUUCAUUUUGGUCACGUGAUAAUUUGAUGGCUAAGUAAACCCAACAUGCGCUACUACAUUUCA